CAUUACACAAUCAAUAGAUUAGACGCGAAAAAGGAUUUCCAAAAGCGUAUAUAAACUCAAACACAGACUCACAGAAAGUCACUCAAGUUUUCUAAUUGUAAUCCAAAAUACAAUUACAACAAACUUACAGCAAAAACAAUGCAAGUGCCGCUCGUCGUAGCGCUAAUUGCCUGCGCCAUUAGCCAGGCAUUGGGCGCCGGGGUCUACACCCAGCGCUUUCUGGAUCAGUACAGCAAAAUACACAACGCAUCCAAUGGCUAC